GGAGAAGGAACGCCGCGACGGCCGGAGAGCCCGUAGAUCGUGUAGACAUUCAGGAUGUGCCGAUCUCCUGCACACUCACCCGUGCCAGAAAGCGCCCUCGAGCUCCGCGAUCGCCACCAAGCCGCUGGACCAGCUUCCCCGGCAGUGGGUGCUCGAGGCGGAGCAGCUGCUCGACGCUGGGGCCGAGGCGCUGCGCGCGUGGGUCGAAGAGCCUGGCGCGCUGACUGCCCUGCGCCUCCAGGGCCUGGAGCCCGGGGACGUGCUGGCCGCCGGGCGCGAGCGGGCGGCCGCGCGCUGGCUGGGCGGGGCGCAGGGGCGCGUGAAG